CGUAACUCAGGCUUCUUCAUGAGUGGUUGCUGGCACCACCUUUAUCACAGUGACCUCACCCACCACAAUAACGUUAUAUCAGGCCGACCAAUCAAACACAGUCUGGUCUUUGAAGAGAGGAGAACUAUCAGUAUUCCUUCAUUCAGCACGACAACUUGGACAUGAUGACGUCUGCAAAGUUUGCUUUCUAUCUGACAUGUUUGUUCUUGGGAGAGAUGGCUCAGACGACUGAUGUGAAAUUGCUCUCAUCUGUUGGUCAAGAGAGACGUUUUAUAUCAGCUAAUGUUGGAGACAGUGUGUCUUUGCAUUGUUUCUAUGAAGGCGAUAAUUCAGUAUGGCGUGUCUGGUACAAACAAACUCUGGGACAGCAACCGAGGCUUAUCUCUACCUUCUUGAGGUAUAUUAAAAAUGUAACAUUUUAUGGUGAAUUCAAGAACAAUCCCCGCUUCACACUGGAUACUGAAAAUGAUAAAUAUCACCUGAAGAUCUCAAAUAUACACAUUUCAGACUCAGCUACAUACUACUGCGCAACAGGUAGCUGUACAGCUGUCUUGCAUUUUAUGAAGGGCACUACUGUCAGUGUUAAGGGUUCAGAUUGGAAGAUCCCAGCUUCGGUCCAUCAGUCAGCAUCUGAGAGCAUCCAGCCAGGAGGCUCUGUGACUCUGAACUGUACAGUACACACUGGGACCUGUGAUGGAGAACACAGUGUUUACUGGUUCAGAACCUCUGAAGAAUCUCAUCCAGGACUCAUUUACACCCAUGGAGGCAGGAAUGAUCAGUGUGAGAGGAAACCCGACACACAAACACACACCUGUGUCUACAACUUGCCAAUGCAGAGCCUGAAUCUUUCUCAUGUUGGGACCUACUACUGUGCUGUUGCCUCAUGUGGACACAUACUGUUUGGAGACGGGACCAAGCUGGACUUUGAAGAUGAGGUGAACUUUUCUGUCUUGGUGUAUUUCUUGAGUGGAGCUUUGGCCUUCACCACCAUCCUGGUUGUUUUACUGACUGUCUCAAUGUACAAGAUGAACAAAAGAAACGGUUUCCAAUCUAAAGAUUCUCAAGCAAGAUUAUCAGGUUCCGUCCCAGCAAAUGCAGAGGGUCACAGAGACGCUGACAACCUCCAUUAUGCUGCUUUAAGUGUCAACCUACCUAACAGAUCAAGAAGACAGAGGAACAGCACCAAUAAUGAAUGUGUGUACUCCAGGGUGAAGCAGUAGAACUGUGCAUUUAAUGUUUCAUGCCUUUUAUUUCUUGGGGGUGGAUGGUCGUAUAUUGCAUUGGUCUUCAGGGCAAGACAGGCGUUCACAUCUUGUCACAGACGUGUAGGUAACAUUGGCCUUUCUUUACACUUUUCCUAAGCUUUAUACCAAGUACAUUUCCUGCCUAAUUCCUUAACCACUGUUUAAUGUUUGCGUAACCAUGAUCUUUCCCUGGCAUCAUCAUACCAUAGUUUCCUUGCGCAGGUAUUGUCGAAAACAAAAACAAUAAUACAUUAGGUGCCUUUUUUAAAGAGUCCUUCAUCCACAGAGGACAGGAAAUAACUGUUGCUUGUUGUGGAUGAGACUGGAAACUCGAGGGAUGCCCCGAUCAAGAUUUUUUUCCACCGAUCCCGUUUCGAGUCAAUCCAAUACUUGAAUUUUCCUAGAUAAUACACUUGCACAGUGCACAAUUAAUGUACAGUAAAGUUAUGAAAAUCACUCCAAUGCAUAUGCUUAACAAGUAAAUAGCUCUACAAAGAAAUUGCCUGCAUCCAAGCUGUUAAGGAACACUUAAUGUCUCACUUCAGUGUUUGUUGCUGCCUGAAUAGCUUUAUUCUGUUGACUGUUUAUUUUUGUCAUCUGUACAUCAUUUAGUAAUGAUUACAUGAAUACAUUACUCUUAUUAGCUUUUUCCUCGUGGUGCUUUUGUUACACUUGCAGCGGCGUGGUGAACAUGGUUGUGUCAGCUCUGUGCCGCCCUGUCUCUCCUCCGAGCAAGUGCCGAGCCCAGCCUGUGUUGGAGUAUCACUACAUCGCUGCUCUCAGACAGACACACGGAGCUCAGCAGAGUGGAGGAGAGACAGGCAGCAGAGAACUCAUUGCUGUACAUGAAAGCUUUGCAAGUAAAAACACCUGUGUGACAUGGAAAACAAAAGAUCUGAUCGGGAUUAAUAUACAAUCAAUUGACCGGCCCGAUACCGAUCUUUGAGACAGGAACUCACUUCAUAAAAAGCAACAUGGGUACUGUGCUCUUUGUAGAUCUGUCCAAUGCUUUUGAUGCUGUUGAUCAUAGUAUU